AUGCCUCGAGUGCAAGAAGUCCCUACCGAACUGUCCUUCACGUCUCGGGCUGGCCAACAAAAGCUUGGAGGCUUGUACCAGCUGAUCGAGGGCCAGAUUUCCAAUGGCUUCCCUGUUUGGAAAAGAGUUGGCGUAGGGGAAGAGGCAUGGAUCUACAGUGGGCCCAACAAGAAGUGGUACGUCAGCUGUAACAAGGCAGUUGAAGAGUCCGACUUUCAGUGUGGACGUGGGUUAGUGUCCAGCAUUGAUGAGCAUCGAGGACUUCUUCCGAACAUGCUCGAAGAGCACUCUUGGCAGUACAAGGACAGUCGAGGGUGGAACAAGGACCUGUCCAUCAGGUUUCUGUUGUCUGCGUCACUGGCGCCAGAGACGAUUUACGUGAUCUCGCCGAACGGGCAUCAGAAGCUUAGUGGCGAAUACCACCAUAGCGAAGGGCAAUUCGCUAAUGGGUACCCAUUCUGGAAGCGUGCCGGAUAUGGGGAAGAAGCCUACAUCUACAGCGGCCGGAACGGCAAGUGGUAUGUUGUGAGCAGAACUUUGGUGGUCGAAAGGGAAUUCAACUGCAGCUUCGGUGGCAUUGUCUCAUCCAAGCCACAUGCAGGCCUGCUGCCGCAGAGCUUCGCUGGAGUUGCUCGAGGUUGGGGCAUCAAGACCGGCGAGGGUUGGCAGCAGGACGACGACAUCCGAAUAACCACAGAGCCCUUUGAGCAGCCACCUGCGUUGCUCUGGGUGACCUCGAGGAGCGGUGCACAGAGCCUCAGCGGGCGCUUCGAACUACUCGAAGGCAUGCUCGCCAAUGGACAUCCGGUUUGGAAGAGAAGUGGUGCGGGGGCUUCUGCCUGGCUGUACAGCGGCGCCAACGGAAGGUGGUGCAUUGGGGGCUGCGAGGUGGCCAACCAAAAAUUCAGGUGCAGCGUGGCGCAGAUACGUUCUGCCCCGCACUUUGGGUCCAUGCCCCAUCGACAAAGCACCUGGCAACUUCAGAACGAGGACGCGUGGUGUGAAGAUGACGACAUACAGCUGGGAACGUCGCCUCCGUCAGCUCCCACGGAUGUGUAUCUGUCAUCACCCAAUGCAGAGCAGAAGAAGGCUGGGAGAUAUCAGCUUGUCCAAGAGACCUUUGCUAAUGGCUAUCCGAUAUGGAGAAGCGGGCAGGGUGACAAGGCUGAUAAGGUUCUGUACACGGGGAGAGACGGCCGGUGGUACGUGAGCAGCCUUGCCGAAGUGGUGCAGAGGUCGUAUGACUGCACUCUUGGAAGAGUGUCUUGUGCAGACCCACACGGUGGUGUGAUGCCGACACAGCUCUUCGAAGCAUGGCAGUACAAGACCGAAGAAGGUUGGUGCUUGGACAGGGACAUCGUCAUGUCAGAAGAGCCGACUGAAGCGGUGAAGCAGUUGUACGUGGCUUCGCAUACCGUUCACAGCCAUGUCAGCGGGAUAUAUUCUCUGAUACCAGGCCAGCUGGCAAACGAUCAGCCACUUUGGAAGAGAGAAGGGUCCGGAGAAGAGCUUUGGCUGUACGGCGGUGCGGAUGGCAGAUGGCAUGUUGCUGAUCGGCAGGCCUACGCAAAAAAGUUCGUUGGCGACAGCGGCUUUGUCUGCUCGAGCCCCCAUGGUGGGGUCAUGCCAGACAUGCUGCCAGGAAGGUGGCAUUCGUCCCUGAAUGCACACGACCUUGUGCCCGCUCCCGAAGUUGCUGUGACGGCCCGGUUGCCGGACUACCCACAGGAAUUGACCCUUCUAAUGCCGAGUGGUCAGCAGAAACUUGCGGGCAAGUACCAGAUGGUCUCGGGCUGCGCUGCCAACGGCCAGUGCAUCUGGAAGCGUGUUGGAGCUGGAGAGGAGGCAUGGUUCUACAGUGGAAAUACUGGUCAUUGGCAUGUCGGCGGUGUGAAAGCUCACGGGUUGUCUUUCAAUUGUAGCAUUGGCAACGUCGCAUCUGCUCACCCUCAUGGAGGAAUGCUGCCUUGCUAUGAAACCCGUGGUUGGAAAGUCAGGGAUGCUGAAGGCUGGAAGGUGGCUAGUGAUGCAAGGGUGCUACGAGGAUCGCUGGCCUCAGCUUUCCCGCCGGUGCUGCACGUGGUGGCCGGGUGCACGGCCUCACCACAGCUCGCGAAGGCCGGAGUGUACCAACUCCUCUGGGAUGAGUACCUGAACGGCCAGCCGGUGUGGGGAAGAGCGGAGCCGGGCGAGAGCUGUCUGCUGUACAGUUCGUGCGAUGGUUUCUGGUGCAUCUCUCGACAGGUUUGUGAGAGGCACAGCAAAUGCUGCAUGGGAAGCCUGGCAUCUCUCCUACCCCAUGGUGGCUCCAUGCCUCAUCUUUGUUACGAGGGGUGGCAGGUGAAGCGAGACAUCGGCUGGGAUUCAGACUCCAGCCUCAUGAUCCAGACCAAUCCACCCGAAGGUCCCGCAGUCCUGCACGUUACCUGCGAGCUUGGGGAGCAUGUCUCAGGCAAAUACUGGCUCGUUGAAGGUGAAUUCAGAAACCACCGGCAUGUCUGGAAGCGGGCGAACUCUGCCGAAGGGCCGUGGAUCUCAAGUGGCUCCGAUGGCUCCUGGUUCCUCCAAUGUAGUCCAAGCUCUGCCUGCUGCCGUGCGGGACCUGUGGGGCCUGUGGAAGUCACCUCGCUGCGUGGGGACUCCUAUGUGACCGGCGAGUAUUUGCCCGUGGAAGGUCAGGAGGGUUCCACCUGGAAGCUCCGCCGCACGCACUGA